AUUGGAAUGCCGUACCACUACUGAGCGGAGUCCGGACUAGGACAAAUCCUACGAGGGAUGCUGAGAGCCUGUGCAGCGUUUAUGGCGUUGGGAUGGCGGUGAAUUGCUGUCCACGCCCUACGUGUACUGUGGUAGUCUAGAAGGAGCGAGGUCGGAGGGCGCAUCCCCGCCACGACGCACUGACCAGAAAAUUAAUUCCUAUUCACUGCGACGCCCCCGCCAAUCAGCGAAUUCCAGCAGACAUGUGCUGGUCGAACGACUCAUAAGUGUUCUUCGGCCCUUCUUAAAUUCCAACAGGUACAAGGAAACCUGAAAGGAACACCUACUCGCGGUCGGACUUCUCUUGUUCCUAUAUUCUUCUUUUCGCUCACCCUGUACACAUCGCGCAGAUUCAAUCGUCACUACUAGCGCCAUGUCUUUCUUCCAAGAGAACAAGUCUGCUGGCGACAGGCAGAACUCUGAGGAUUGGCGUAUCCGCGGUUACAAUCCUCUGACUCCUCCCGACCUCCUCCAGUCCGAGAUUCCCCAGACCGCGAAGUCAAAGAGGACUGUGCUUGACGGCCGCAAUGAAGCCGUCGAGAUUGUUCAGGGUCGCGAUGCACAGGGGAGACUGCUCGUAGUCGUCGGGCCCUGCUCCAUUCACGAUCCCAAGGCCGCCUUAGAGUACUGCGACCGGUUGCUGAAGCUGAAGGAGAAGCACAAGAACGAGUUGCUCAUCGUCAUGAGGGCAUACCUGGAGAAACCGCGGACGACGGUGGGAUGGAAAGGACUUAUCAAUGACCCUGAUAUCGACAACACCUUCAAGAUCAAUAAGGGCCUGCGAGUGUCCCGUCAGCUGUUCGUGGAUCUGACGGAGAAGGGCAUGCCUCUGGCCAGCGAGAUGCUUGACACCAUCUCUCCUCAGUUCUUGGCGGAUCUGCUGAGCGUAGGCGCAAUUGGCGCAAGGACAACCGAGUCUCAGCUGCAUCGGGAGCUGGCAUCGGGCCUGUCCUUCCCUGUUGGCUUCAAGAACGGCACUGAUGGGUCACUGGGUGUUGCCAUUGAUGCCAUUGGCGCUGUCAGGCACCCGCAUCAUUUCCUCUCCGUCACCAAGCCUGGAAACGUCGCCAUCGUUGGCACGCUUGGAAAUGAGGAUUGCUUUGCCAUUCUGCGAGGCGGCAAGAAGGGCACCAAUUACGAUGCCAAGAGCAUCAAGGAGGCUCGCGAGCAGCUCGAGGCGAAGGGCCUGAACGCGCGAUUGAUGGUCGACUGUAGCCACGGCAACUCCGAGAAGAACCACAAGAACCAGCCGAAGGUCGCUCAUGCCUUGGCCGAGCAGAUCGCGGCCGGCGAGACCGCCAUCAUGGGCGUCAUGAUUGAGAGCAACAUCAAUGAGGGCAACCAAAAGGUCCCGGCUGAGGGGAAGAAUGCUCUCAAGUAUGGAGUCAGCAUCACCGACGCCUGUAUCAGCUGGGAAGACACGGAAAGCGUGCUAGCGGAGCUGGCGGCCUCAGUGCAGAAGCGUAGGGAAUUGCUUGGAACGAAUGGCGUCCACUAACGCCAUUCCUUGUUCUUUCGGCUGUUAUAGAGUUGGCUCGCAUUUGGUUCCAGUUCGGCGUUUCCGGGGUCCGCUUUCACCUGCGGCAUCGAUUUGCACGUGUAAUACCCACGAUCAAGGA